GAGAGAGAGUGGGACCCGGAUGCUGAUGCGAGUGAGGCGAAGGAAGGAAGAGGAGAGAGAAAAUAUCGAUUUACGGCAAGAAAACCGAAGGGAGUAUAAUACAGGGGCCUUUACCCUGCGCGAACUAUUAUCAGAAGUGAGGAGGGGAAUAAGGCAGUCGAUAAUAGUGCUGGUUGAUCUGCGGAUAUCUGUGUUUUUUUUGUACCUGUGCAUCCGCCGGUGAGGGAGGAGGACACGCCAAAGGAGAGAGGAGAAGAUGCUGUGAUCCGCUACUUGCAGGGAUGUAGAAACGGGGAGAGACAGGGAGGGGGAGGACUAGGCUACCUUAAAGAUGGUUAUUUUGCUAGGAAUAUGCGUUUCACCUCGAAAUAUUGUGAGAAUGCAGUCUGAUAAAUCUUACCGUUUGGCGUUGCCUAGAAACUUCAGGAGGUGUCGGUUUUUUUGACAGGCGGCGCGAGACGGCCGUUGGUCCAGGCGUUAAAGCUAAAGCUAGCCUCGCUGCUGUGUGGGAGAGCGGCGGCGAGGCUAAAUAGCAUGUUGUUGCACCUGUAAAACAGGCCUGACAGACAGAAUAACACUGAUUUUAUUUUCAGUGCUAACAUCCACUCGAUGUAUUUGGCGUUUUGUUGGUAAACUCAACCAGCAAAGGAUAUCAAUCUUUGCAGCAGACGUGGAAAAACACUGGUGGUUUUAAGCCUAUAACGUUACUCUGCGAUAAUUUCCUUAUUAUCUGUCAUAUAUAGCUAGUUAACGUUAUAUCUAUGGUUAACGUUAACGUUAUACAUGUAAGUUAACGUAUACGAAUAAGAUAGCUAAUGCACAGGAGUGAAUUCUCUUUAGUUUUGCCUAACUUAUCAUGUUUAUCUUUAGGGUAGUGGUCAGUAUUUAACGCUUAGAACAGCCUAAUAACUUGCCAUCAUCUCCGUUUCUCUGCUUUAAUCUAGGUAGUAAGCUGUUUUUGUUAAAUAUCACCGUUAUAACGUUACCUGUUUACCGUGCUUCAGAACACAAAUAUUAAGCUUUGUGUAUUAACCAGGUUUAGAUAAACAAUGUGAAUUUAUCAUCCAGAUGUUGUAACUCAGCACCAGUUUUUCCAGUGCAUUUUUACACAUUCACCCAGUAACUUUAGAGUGGCAGUGUUAUCACUGAAAUAGUCCUUCUAAUUAAAGCACCAUCUUGUAUCCACCAAUAACUGUAUCCGCUGUAUAAUAUCACAGUGCAAUAACCAUUGUGCAGUAGUUGUAGUGUAUUAGCCUCCAGUAAGAGCAGUAUGAGUAAGGAACUGUCUCUAAGUCAGUCAGCUCAAUAUGUUGGGCCCUACCGACUGGAAAAAACACUGGGGAAGGGACAGACAGGACUGGUCAAGCUCGGAGUCCAUUGUAUUACGAGUCAAAAGGUAGCGAUCAAAAUAGUCAACAGAGAGAAGCUGUCUGAGUCAGUCCUGAUGAAGGUUGAGAGGGAGAUUGCCAUUCUGAAACUGAUUGAGCAUCCGCAUGUGUUGAAGCUGCAUGAUGUUUACGAGAAUAACAAAUACCUGUACCUGGUGUUGGAGCAUGUGUCAGGAGGAGAGUUGUUUGACUACCUGGUGAAGAAGGGCCGACUGACUCCGAAAGAGGCCAGGAAGUUCUUCAGGCAGAUCAUCUCUGCUUUGGAUUUCUGCCACAGUCAUUCCAUCUGUCACAGAGACCUGAAGCCUGAGAACUUGCUCCUGGAUGAAAAGAACAACAUCCGCAUCGCUGACUUUGGCAUGGCCUCCCUCCAGGUGGGGGACAGUCUGUUAGAGACCAGCUGUGGAUCACCACAUUAUGCUUGCCCUGAAGUUAUACGGGGAGAGAAAUAUGAUGGACGGAGAGCAGAUGUGUGGAGCUGUGGGGUCAUCCUUUUUGCUCUACUGGUGGGCGCCCUGCCCUUUGACCAUGACAAUUUACGCCAGCUCCUGGAGAAGGUGAAGAGCGGGGUGUUCCACAUGCCCCACUUCAUCCCUCCGGACUGCCAGUCUCUGCUCAAAGGCAUGAUUGAGGUCAACCCUGAAAUAAGGCUCACGCUCGAGGCCAUCCAGAAACAUGCCUGGUAUCUGGGUGGUCGUAAUGAGCCGUGUCCUGAGCAGCCUCCUCCCAGGCGAGUGUGUGUGAGGCGAAUCCUGUCCCUGACUGAGCUAGACCCAGAUGUGUUGGACAGCAUGCACUCGCUGGGUUGUUUCCGAGACCGAGGCAAGCUCACACGGGAUUUGCAAUGCGAAGAAGAAAACCAAGAGAAGAUGAUCUAUUACCUGCUGCUGGACAGGAAAGAGCGCUACCCCAGCUAUGAGGAUGAGGAUUUGCCACCGCGCAAUGAUGUAGCAGACCCUCCUCGAAAGCGUGUUGACUCUCCAAUGCUGACGCGCCACGGCCGCUGUCGCCCCGAGAGGAAAAGCUUGGAGGUACUGAGUGUUACUGAACAGGGGUCCCCUACCCCACCUCGCAGGGCCCUGGACACAGCUGCACACAGCCAGAGGUCUCGCUCAGUCAGUGGAGCAUCAACCGGUCUCUCCUCCAGCCCUCUCAGCAGUCCCAGGUCCUAUCAAAGCCCCGUCUUCACUUUCAGCCAAUCAGACGUCACCUCUGCCACCGCUACCCCGCUCCCAAAGGAGCCCAAACAGGGAAACGCCACUACUCCUCGCUCAGCUCGGGCUCAUGACAAGCUCAAAGCUCCCCCCAACCCAAAGACCCAGACCCUGCCCACCAAAGGACCGGCCGACCGACCCCAUCUGCAGCCCAUCAAGUCCUUGCCUCUGCACAACCCAUCCUCCCGCUCACCCUCCCCUUCUUCGCUCCUGUCACCCAUCCCUCGUUUCUUCUUCCCGUCGUCCUCUGUCCUAAAGUCAGUGACUAAGAGCUUCUACCCAAACUCUACCCACUCUGUGCCGCAGGUCACUCCCCAAGGCUCUCCGUUGCCCACACCCUUGGGCACCCCUGUCCACCACCCUCACCACCCCUCCUCUACCCCGCCCUCCUCUUCCUCAUCCUCAUCCUCCUCGCGGGCGGAGGGAGGGGGAGGGGUGGGCUCGCUGUCGCUGACCCCACCCUCCAGCCCAGGAGGGGGAAGCGGCAUGGCAGCCAGCAGCUCUGCCCACUGGAGGACUCGCCUCAAUUCUUUCAAGAACAACCUGCUGGGCUCACCUCGUUUCCAUCGCCGUAAACUGCAAGGUGAGUUUGUUCCUACAUCAGAAGACAUGUCCAGUCUAACACCAGAAUCCAGCCCUGAGCUGGCUAAGAAGUCGUGGUUUGGGAACUUCAUUGGCUUGGAGAAGGAGGAGCAGAUCUUUGUGGUGAUCAGAGACAAACCUCUGAGUUCUGUCAAAGCCGACAUUGUCCACGCCUUCCUGUCCAUCCCGUCACUCAGUCACAGCGUUCUCUCCCAGACCAGCUUUCGAGCCGAGUACAAGUCCUCCGGCGGUCCCUCUGUCUUCCAGAAGCCCGUCAAGUUCCAGGUGGACAUUGCUUUCUCCGAAGGCGAGAGGGAGCGAGACAGGGAGAGGACCGAGAGGGAAGGCAGGAGGGAGACGGGAAUCUACAGCGUGACGUUCACCCUCAUUUCAGGUCCGAGUCGCAGGUUCAGACGAGUGGUGGAAACAAUUCAAGCCCAGCUUCUCAGCUCCCAUGAUCAACCCAUGGUGCAAGCCCUAUCUGAUCCCUUCCCAGAUGAGAAGAAUGGCCGGCCCCAUGGGACCCCCACCCGCCAAAACUCGAGGCGCUCCGAGGGUGGGGGUGACAGGUGUGAGUGGGGCGACCGAGCAGAUGGCGGAGGCAUAGGCGGCAGCGGGGGAGUUCUGCAACGCAGAGGCUCGGCAAAGGAGAGAACCCGACUGCUGUCCUCCAACGGAACCCAAUCCCAACCGUAGGCUAGAAAGUGAGAGCAUGCAGCGGGAUGCCUGAACUACACCGGAAAGAAGACCAAGUAUCCCUGCAAGCCAUGAGCUACUCCCACUCUUCCUUGACUAAGUUAUUGAAGGUGCUUGACCAUAGCAAGGAUUGAGCCUUUUCCCCAUCACGUUUUUUUUUUUUUUUUUUUCCUCAACUCAACAUUCUUUUGAUCUUCUGGAUCACCAGGAUUCCUACCCUUAAAUGAGAACCAAGUGUUAAGGAAUCACCCUUUAAUGAAAAAAAAAAAUAUGUGAAUGAGCAGUUUUGGUAUCCAUCAUAGAUACAGCUUCACAGAUCAAACUAGGAAUUUUGAAUUGCUAAUGUGCAUGCCAGUUAGCAAAUCAGCCUGCUAAAGGAUGCUGAAAUGAUCAGAUAGGCUAGUCUACCAUAUCAUUGUAAUACAGUAUCUGACACCAAAAAGAAAUAAUGGUCUCACUCUUAAAAGUAACCAGUGCGCUCAUAUCAUUAUCAAGCAACAUGCAACUACCAGUCCAUACUGAAAGAAAUAUAGAUGUAUCUCAGCAGAUGAACCCUAAGAGUUAUCAACCUGCUCCCACUUCAGUGAGUGGUGAUGAGCUGAACAAAACGUCCGCAUUUUCUCAGGAGAAACUACACCCUGGAAUUCCAGCAGUGUCUUCUCCUGAGGUAAAGAAAAACCAACAAAGUAAGCUAAGUAAGUGAAUGUGAAAAAAAAAAAUAUUUUUUUAUUUAGUUUUUAUUUAUUGUUUACAAAUGUAUUUUGAGGAUGUCAGUAGCACAGUGAUAGCAGUAAAGGCAGUAACUGAAAAUACUCUACAGUGGCGGAGAGGGGAAGCUGUUUACCAGUUUAUUUUAAGAAGGCAAUCUUUUAAAGUUAAACGUUGUGAUUCUUUUGUAUUUUCUUUUUACUCAGAGACAAUAUAAAACAAUGCAUCUAAGAUUUUUGCAUUGGACUCUUGUUGCUCUGAAGAAAAGUAUUUUUUGAUUUGAACAGAAAUAUGAACAUUACUUUAUGAAAACACAAACAAACAAAAAAAAAACACUAUGAGUGAAUAGUUCCAUGAACCUCAUCACAGCUGUUUGUGCCCAGAUUGAAUGAGAAAAGCAUUCCUGGCCCGCGGAUCAAACAGAAGCCACCUUUCUCGCAGAGCUUGUCUCCUAUUGCCAUAGUAUUCAUCUACUGACUCAGAAUAAAAUAAAACAACAAAAAAAAAAGACAACAUAAAUUCAUCAAUGGACAUUUUCAUAAUGCCGGACUAAGGCUUGCGAUGUCAAUUCCUUGUUGAACAGGACUUCAAAAUGGGAAGCAAACAAAGAGUCUCCUAACCCCAUGCUCCUCACUUCAGUGUUCACCAACAAGCCAAGUAGUCCAUCACUGCACCCACGCUCAUCGCCAGAGUCGCACCAUUCUGCAAGCAGACGUAGCAACUCGGGACAGUCAUGUAUUACUCCAGCACUCUAUCAGACUACAGUAGUUGAUGUUUUUCACCAGUCUUCCAUACAGCACAAUAUGCAACAAAAGUGCAGAAUGUUUUCAGAGAGAUACACAGUGCUACAGUUCUGUUUAUUUUAAAGGCAUUUUGUUUUGGUUUUUAUAUUUGUCCACUUACUUAUCCAUCUAUUUAUUUAUAUUUAUUUACUUUUUUGGUCACGUGGUUGUUUGUGUCAUGUAUUUGUUUACAAACUAGAUUUUAUGCCAACAAAAAUUCAUCAAGCGCUAAUUCAAGAAAACUGUUCUAUUUCACUUCUCAUUAUAGCAGUACUGACAAGUUGCUCUGAUCUUACUUCUCCAGUGAUGUUUAUAUCUUACAUCUCUUUUAUCACACUUAUCUCUGGUAACUGGAACGUGUGUGUGAGACGGGUGGAUGGUGGCUGAGUGAGAGUGAGCUGAAAACUUUGCAGCAGAUGCAUUUUGAGCUAAUCACAUACGGAGAUUUCGACUGACCCAGGAAUAUAUCACAUUAACUAACAUAGCCAAACCCUACCAGGCAUUCUCACACACAUUAAAAUGCUUGCUAAUUUUCAUCAUCUCUUGCUUUUAUGCCUUGUCCCUUUGACCAGUCUGUUGGCCUCUUCACCUGUUGUGUAGCCAUCACCAAAAGAGAAAUUGUACAAAGUUGUUUGCCUCACUGUCCGUACGCACUCUUUGAUUGCUCAUCAUCACCACUUUCAUCUUUCUCAUCACCACAUCACCUCCACUUUCAUUGACCCAACUCUGGCUAAGAUUGUAAACUAUUCUCCAUUCAUAAGGGUCAGUAGAAUAAGGUGUUUAAAAAAUGAAAUGUCUGUAUCAUAAUUUAAAUAUAAAAAGUGCACUAUUAUAACAAUUGCCUGUGAUAAAAAGAACAAUUAUGGUUGAAUUGAUGGUCAAAAUAAAGAGAGAUCCACCUCAUUGUUAUGGUUACAAUAAUAAACCCUAAAUUAAUG